UAACUUCGCCAUUUUUCAUCCGAUUUCCAUCAAACUUCGACAGAGACUUCUUCUUGGUGUUAUCGACAUGUCGCAAGGUCACACCCUAUUGAUCAUCAAUGGACGAUCCGGAUAGCACCACUCGAGGCUGCCCAAAUCCUUAUCAAGCAACAUUUCAGUAAUCAGUCAUCGUUCCUAAAACAAGAAAGAAAUGAAAUGGUGAUGUUUAACGCCAGUUACAAACUGAAGAAUUAUUUUUUAGCAUUAUGAUAAAGUGUGUAAGGUAAACUAUCAAAGACAACUUGACCUUUUGACCCACCUACCGCGUAUUAUUUUAUUCCUUCCCUAACAAAUCAAGUUUUAUGUUCCUUCAAUUUUUUGUCGACAGGCUCGUAAAAACCCUUCGAUAAUUUUUUUUAAUUAGAAAAGACAGUUUUCUUAUUUUCUUCUAGCAGUCUUUCAGUGAGGAGAAAAGACAUUUUGGUCUUUUCUGCUCACUAACUUUGAGUGCAAGAUUGCUUGACAAUUUAUCAUAAUACAUCCAUGAUUAAAAAAUUAAUUCCAGAAUCGAGAGCACGAAAUGUGAAUGUUGACAAUUUUUGUGCGGUUUGUUUCUGGGCGACAGUUUGUGCGACGCACACUGGUUCCAAAAGGUACCAGGGUUUUCGAAAAUUGAAGUUUUUUAGGCGUCGAAGCAAUUGUCGCAACCUUGUAAUUAUUACUAAAGUUGUCAAGCAACCUUGACCUACUUGCACCCAGAGCUGGGAAUCAAUCCGGAUUAGUCAAUGUGUUUAAAUGGCCAAUCCCAAUCCCCAAUCCCCAAUCCCUCUAUUCUUUAACAUUGAGUAAUCCGGAUUGAUUCCCAGCUCUGCUUGCACCCUCACAAAAAUUUCAACUGCAAAGGAAAUAAAUUCAUAAUGGAUGAAUGAGUGAGGUGAAUGACCUCAGUAAAAUUUUGUCUCAUUUUCUCCCCUUUCGCCUUCGUUUCCUAGGUGGUCAUCGUUGCCUCGUUUCGGUAUUUUAAUUUUCAGUCCAAGUCUCCCCUCCAGCUGACCGCAUCAACGCCCUCCUGAUUGAAGGUUAUCAUCAUUUAAUUUCAAGGCUUAUCGACUCGUGAGACUCCUCUGCAACAUAGUUCCUGGACCACGGCCGCUUGUCACGUAAUUGGGAAUGGGAAAUCAUCCAAGUGCAACUUGUGAUGAGCCAAGAGAAGAGGCAAAAAUGAUGAGACGAAAGGUGAUAUCUCCCCAUCGAAUCGAGGGUGAUGGAGAAGAUGUGGAAAUUCCGGAUAUUUCCGAUAGUAUCAGUUCCAUUGAUGAUGAAUCACCUCGCCGAGGUUGUGGUGACCUUUUCCGGUUAAUGGACAACAAGAAUAAGGAAGAUACAGACGAAGAGCCGGCUCCACAAGUUCCAAUAAACUUUUCUUCACCAGCAGCAACUACGUCCAUUUCUAACACAACUGUGUCCCCCCGGAUGAAGAGCAAAAUUACGCCUUCUGUUUCUGCAUCAACAUCCUUUGAUGAACGGUACAAGUACAAAAUUUCAAUCUACAGCAAAGUCAGUGGGUGUCGAAUGACGAAUUUGCCAGAUUAUACGAUUGUUAAACAAGUUCGUGUAGUGAGUUUGCAACAUAUCACAGACGGGGAUCCAGUUGCCGUGCUUAACAUCAAGUUUGCAUAUGAAAAAAUGAAAAAUGGAGGUUUGCAGGUAAUCACGGAUGAUAAACGUCUAGCUCAUGCUCUCAGUGGACUUGGCUACUUUGCGACGAUACCUUGCAAAAUGACAUUCCCCAACAGCCCCAGAGUUGUCGGAUUUGUUAAGGACUUGCCAAUAAAUAUGGAACCUGCUGAAUUAAAGCGUGAAAUUAGAACAACCUUACCAGAGGUUUACAGUGUGAGGUACAUCACGGAACGGUGUGCAGGAAAAAGUCGGCCUUCUCAACGCCCUUGUGCCUUUGUCUCCUUCAAUUUACGGUACCUGCCUGGAUUCAUUCGGGUCUAUGCAAAAGAUUAUGAAAUUCUGGUUCCUAAUCCAAUGCAGUGUACGAGGUGCUGCAGAUAUGGACAUCAAGGAAAACAAUGUCGAGCGGAAAUUCGAUGCCCAAUUUGCGGAAAACCUCAUGCCAAGCAAUACUGUAACUCUCAGAUUUUUCGAUGCGUCAAUUGCAAAGGUGGUCAUCCUUCCACGUCUCACGAAUGCUUAGUUUGGCAACAAGGAAAGCUGAUGAAUGAACUACGGUAUCGUGGUGGACUUACUGCAGAAGAGGCAAUUGACGUUGCUAGCAAUGGAACAAUUCAGCACAAGAAGCACUCCUUCAUCGCCCCUACUAACGAAUAUUUCGAAAACUUGGAAAGCUUUUAUUUGGGAAGUGGAAGUGGAGAUGGUAGUGGAGAAGAAAUUGAUGUCAACUCGGGUGUUGACUCAUCUGCAAAUCCGAUGGUCAACGUUUCAGACGAUCCACACAACAAUGAUUGUCACUACAAUGAGGAAAAUGUCGUCUUCCAUCCGCGUUUCAUAGCUGGUCAAGAAUUUCUUGACAUUAUGACGGAUUUCUUCCUCAAGCUCGCAAAUCCUACAAAGAAUUACACUAGUGCAAUGUUGAUGCCAGGAUUUGAAGAGGACUCUGUUGUUCAUCGUCUAAACACUUGCAGGUUAAAGAAACCUUCACGAGUGGCCCAACAAUUUAAAAUCAGCGUGUUACAGUCACUGGAGGAAGAUGAACGCAAAAAACUUGGCGAAAUGGAACAUGACUAAGGCCACCGAUAACUUCAUUAAACUAAUAUUAUCUUGUUGAAUUCGAUAUAUUAAUAUUUGAUUAUUAGUAAUAGUAUUAGUCCCAGGCUGAGACCUGGUAAAUUUCAAAAUUAUUAGUGAUGUCAAUUAUAGUUGUCUUUAAAAAUCUUUUGCUAAGAGAUUAAGCGUAUUGUACUACUGUUGGAGUACACGCCGUUGAUGUACAUAAGUAAAUGUUGUGUGUAUUAUGUCGCAAUUCAUUAGAAAUGUCAAACAAGUUUUACAUUGCACUAAAAAUAAAUAUGUUGUGUUGCCCUUCAAAGAAGAUUAAGGGGGUAACCGUCUCCGA